AUGCCGCCCGCGGCUGAACGCGAUGAACGUGGUGCUUCGGGGCUUGAAUCUACAGUCGAGGGUGCGCUAGCUACUGCCGCAGGUAUAGGUAUGGCUGAGGAAAUCCUGCAUCAACGUCCAAGGAGUCGUUCCACGUCUCCCCCCAGUGCAGAACGUGCCCUCGAUCUGGCCCCCAAGUCCCAGAGUAGACCCUCAUCGCCGGAGAUGACCCGCGAUCUCGAUCAAUCUCCUCAUCGUCGUCGCCCGUCUACGGCCCGCUCGACAACUGAGUCGCCCACCGCUGUGCCAUUGCAUUUCCGUCGACCACCUACGUCGCCGGGUUUGUCUCGCGCUGUGCCUGUUGCACCGUCUCCUCCGGCUGGCGGCGACUCCCCAACUUCCCCUAGCCAGACCCGUCAUCGCCGUCCGAAUUCGCUCGAGUUUAGGAAUUCUCGCGAGAUUCGACCGCUCUGGCUCGUUGAGCGCCAUGGUGCCUCGAAGGGUGAUCUGAUUGAACCCGACGAAGUCUUGCCCUCGCUUCCAUCUAGCAAGACUUCCUCCCGCGCGCCCUCGGUCGAGGACCUGCGUGCCCUCAACGAUGAAGAUGCCGUGCGUAGCUGGGAGCCAUUUGAGCUUAGUCCGUCUCUGAUGGAUCGUCGCAGACCAACGGGUCUGACUAUUUCAACUGACCAUGCUGAUGACCAUGGAGACGGGGAUCUGCUUGAUUCCCAGCAGGCUACGCCGACUGCGGAGGACUUUGGUGCGUCUAUGGGUUCGAGGAAACAUAAGCCUACGUAUGAGUUCCAUUCUCCGUCGGAGCUUUUGCAGGAUCCCGCUAUGUAUCCCGAAAUUCCUGGUUCGCCGACUAUGGAGGCACUUCCUUCUGCGGAAGGCUCCGUUGUUGCUGUGAAGGAUGUCGAUGUUGACACUGAUGUCUUUGAGACACCGACUCAGGAGAAGGAUGAACUUCUUGAGAGUUCCGAAGCUGCUAGGGGUGUCGGAUUUGCGGGUGUUGUUGAUGCUGCUGUCAUUGCUGCUGUCAAGGAGCACGACAAGCCCGUCGCAUCCGAGAUUGGCGAGUCCACCCCUGAUCCUGUUGAUAGAGAGGUGCCCGUCGAGGCUAGUCUCGAGGAAGCUGCUGCGCCAGCCCCGAAGAUUGGUGGUUUCGCUGAUAUCGUCAACGCCGCUGUUAUCGCCGAGGUUGCUCAAGACAAUACCCCCGCUGAAGAGGACAUUGGUGAGCCUGGUACUGCUAUCGAAGAGUAUGCUCCCAAGGACCUUGGCGUUGAGCACCCGGUUGAGCCCGAAGCAGUCAAGGAGGUGGAUUCUGAGUCUGUUGAGACUCCCGCUCAGCCUGUUGAGCCUCCACAGGUGGAGGAGCCUGUUGCUGAGGAGGUUGUCGCUACGUCUUCUUCGAAGAAGAAAAAGAAGAAGAAGGGGAAGAAGGGUCAGGCUAGUGUUGAUUCGUCUUCUGAUCCUGUGGUUGCCCCUGAGGAACAGACUCCUGCUGAGGUUGCCACUGAGGAGCAGCCCGCUGCUGAAGUUCCCGAGACCGAGUCUCGCUCUAUUGAGACUGAAGCUGUCACUCCUUCUGCAGAGCAGGAUGUUGAUGCUGAGCCCCAACCUGAAGUUGAAGCUGAGCCCCAACCUGAAGUUGAAGCUGUUGAGGCAUCUCGAGAACUCGAGCCUGAGCCUCUCCCCGCUGCCGUCACUGAAGCUGUGGAAGUCGAGAAAGAUCUCCAAGUUGAGCCAGAGCCCAAGCCUGCCACUGAGCCUGAAGUAUCUGUUCCUGUCGAGUCGGAUACUGCCGUUGCUCCUGAGUCCCAGCCCGAGCCCACGCCCGAGACCCCCGGCGAUGCGACUGAGUCUGAAGCCGCCAUGACGCCCGCUCAGAAGCGCAAGGCCAAGAAGGCUGCCAAGAAGAAGGCAAAGAAUCUCUCUGUCUCAGAGUCUGUGGAGGCCGCAACUGAGGAAGCGGCAACUGCCCAACCCUCCGAGGAAACUCCAGCUCCACAGGAAGACAAGGCCCCUGAAGCCGAGGCUGCCGAGGUGACUGUUUCAGCUCAACCUGAAGAGCAGGAUGUUUUCCAUGAUGCCAAUGCUCCAGAUAUCUCUGUUCCUGCCGAGCAGACAGCCACUGAUAUCCAAGAAUCCCGUGAUAUCGUGGAGUCUGUCGAGCCAACCCAAGAUGUUCUCCAGCCUGCUGAAGACGUGACAAAGCCAAUCGAUCAAUCCCCGUCUGACGCAGUCCAGGAAUCAGAGGCCCGCGAAAUCCAAACCUCAGAACUCGUCCAGCCGGAGAGCAUGACAGAGCCUGAGCAAGUUGGGGAAACUGCCCAGCCAGAAGAGGUUGUCGAGCUUGCAGCUGCCACUGAAGAUGCUGCCGUGGUGGAGAAGCCCGCUGAGAGCGACGAUGAUCUUUUCCACGAGGCUGUCGCCGAGCAGACUGAUGUCUCUGAGCAAGUCAAGGAGAUUGAACCAGAAACCUCCACUGAGCCCUCCACUGAGCCCUCCACUGAGCCUGUCGCUGAGCCCGCCGUCGAGACUACAGCAGUUGAACCUGAACCCGAGCCGGAGGUCCCUCUGACCGCGGCGCAGAAAAAGAAGGCUAAGAAGGACAAGAAGAAGCGCAAGUCCGUUGCAUUCGAGGAUACGACUACUCCUUCCGAGCCUGCCGUCGAUGCUCAACCUGAAGAUGUUGCCAAGGAAGUGGAACCUGAACAGCCGGCUCCUGUUGAAGCUGUCGAUGUCCAAGAGACAGUCACGAGCGGUGAACAGUCUUCUGAGGUUGAUACUGCUACUGCAGAACAGCUCGAGCCUUCAAUUGAAGAGACCAAAGCCUUGUCUGAACCUGCUGUCGAAGCUACCAAGGAUUUGACUGAACCCUCUACCGAAGAGGCUGUUUCUGCUCCUCAACCUGAAUCCACUCCAUCUGGCGAUGUGGAGUCAACGCCUGCUGUCGAAACUGCUGAGGCUGCCGAGGUCACUCCUGAUCAACCAGAGCAGCCUGCUUCACAGCCUGAAGCCGAACCCGAGGCCGAGCCUGAGGUUCCCAUGACUGCGGCGCAGAAGAAGAAGGCUAAGAAAGACAAGAAAAAGAAGGCUAAGCAGCAGAGUGUGUCUUCUAUUCCCGAGGAGGAGAAGCCUGUUGAGCCUGAGGCUGCUGAGUCUCAGCCCGCUGAACUCGCCGAACCCAUUGAACCUACCGAACCCGCUCCUGAAGUUUCCGAAAAUGUCGAACCUGUUGCUGAGGCUCCUGCUUCAGUCGAGACUUCUGAGCUUGUUGCAGCUACUGAGUCCAUUGAAACCUCUGAACCCACUGCUGAUGCUCCAGCGGAGGUUAUCGAUGCUGUUCAAGAGGCUCCUUCUGCUCCUGAAGAUCCAUCGGUGGAGAUCUCUGCUCCAGAGGAACAGCGGGAUGAGCCAAUCGAGAUUGAUCAGCCCAAGGAAGAUGUGCCUGCUUCUGCUCCAGAAAUGGAGGUCGUUCCUGAGACCCCCAUUGAGACCCCUGUUGUUGCCAAGCCUGAAGAAGAGCCUGCGGUCGCUGAAGAUAAGCCAGAGCCAGAAGUCACUCCUGCUGAGCCCGAAGUACCUAUGACACCAGCUGAGAAGAGAAAGGCUAAGAAGGCAAAGAAGAAGAAGCAGCAGCAGGAAAGCAUCAGCUCUGUUUCUGAAGAGACACCCGUCACUGACACUGUGUCGCCGCCUGAGGCCGAGGCUACUGAGUCCAGCAAGGAAGUUCAAGACGUUCCAGAAGCGGAGGUCAACCCCGUGGAUGAUGUACCUGCCCCGGCUGCUGAAGAGACUAUCGAGGCUAGCAAGGAGGUUGAUGCUACCGAGCUUCCUGCCGUGGAGUCUGAGCCAAUUACCCAGGUGGAGACUUCAGCUGAAGGCGAUUUUGUCGAGCCUACCAGCGAGGAGGUCCCUGUCGAGACCGCCCCUGUCGAAGCAGAGGUGAUCGCCCCGGUCGAUGCUCCUCAGGAAGAGGUACCUCUUGAGCCCGAGCAGCCCAAGGAAGAGGAAUCAGCCCAGCCUCCCGUCGCUGAAACCCUUCCCACCACCGAAACCGCAGAGACUCAACCUAUCGAGCCGGAAACACCCACAGCUGAAGCCGAAGCCCCGAUGACUGCUGCGCAGAAGAAGAAGGCCAAGAAGGAGAAGAAGAAACAACAGAAGAGGCAGUCUGCGCUGUUGGAUGAACAGGAAACCACCGAGGCAGAGGCUGCUCCCACUGAACAAAAGGAGGUUGAGCCCGCUGCUGAUGUGGCUCCGGAGGUCUCUGCCCCCGAGGAGACCAAGACCCUCGAUGAAGCUGUGCCGGCGGAAGCAGGCAAGGAAAUCCAAGCUGAGGCUACGCCAGUUGUCGAGGAUAGCCUAGCUCCUGCUGAUGUCGAGCAAGAAGUUCCCGUGGACACACCUGUCAACGAUUCUACUGCUACAGAAGCUGUCGUCGAGCCCUCUACCGAUGCUCCGACUGUGCCUGAUGUGAGUUUUUCGGAGUCUACAUUCCCAUAUACUACAAGUGUUGAACCCGCUGACCAGAACCAGGAGCCCAAGGAUGUUGUUGCUACUUUGGAGGAGCCUACCACAGAAACGCCUUUGGAUGAUCAAGCUACUCCUGAUCAGCCUAUCGAAGAGCCAACCACCUCGGUUCAACCUACGGCGGAAGAGUCUACUGCAACCCCCGAGACUGUACCGGCAGAGCAGACCGAAGAGGCUGAGCCGACUACUCCAUUGUCAAAGAAGGACAAGAAGAAGAAAAAGAAGAAGAACAAGUCCCUUGCCCUUGAGGAGGAGUCGCAGCCUGAGCCAGUUCAGGAAGAAUUGAAUCAGCCCACCGAGCCUGUCGAACCCGCUCAGUCUGUUGAGGUCACCGAGCCCGUCGAGCCCGUCGAGCCAGCUCCUGUUGAAAAUGUCGAUUCUCCUAAGUCAGUUGAGGAGCCCGAGGUUUCUGCUGUGACCGAAGAGCCUCAGAGCAUCGAACAGCCAUCUGCUGAAGAGACUGUUAAAGAUGAGGCCGUUCCCGAACAGCCCAGCACAGAAGUCGUCGAAGAACCUUCCCAGCCAUCUGAGCCCGAGGUCCCAAUGACCCCUGCGCAGAAGCGAAAGGCCAAAAAAGAUAAGAAGAAGCGCAAGUCUGUCGCCUUUGAGGACGAGGCAUCUGCUACUCCGACGGAGACUGAGCCUGAGCGAGAACAGGCCCCAGUCGAGUCCACUGAGCCCAAGGAUAUUCCUUCCGAGGAAGCUGCUCCCAGUCAAGAAUUGAGCGAGCCUUCCAAGGACGCCCAGGAAGUCGCUCUUGAGACUGUCGAGAAUCUUGUCUCCGAACCUGAGACUACUGCAAUGGAUCAGGUUGAAGCACCCACUACAGAGGGUGAGAAGGCAGAUGUGACCGAGACUGCACAGGAAGUUGUUUCAUUGAACGAACCAUCAGGUCCCGAAUCCAAGGCGCCGGAGGUCGAGACUUCAACUCCUGCUCAAGCUGAAGAGCAACCCGUGGUCACUAUCGAGUCUGAGACCCCUUCCGAGGAGAAGAUCGACACUGUCGAGGAGUCUUCAGCCCCAAGCGCCGAGGUGACGGAGGCAGCAGCCGAGGCAGGCCUUUCAGCCAAGGAGCGUCGCAAGCUCAAGAAAAAGGAGAAGAAGAAGUCCAAGUCUGUGGACUUGACUGAGGAAACCCCUUCUCCUGUAGAGGUGCCCCAAGACGUUGAAGCUCCGGCUGAGUCUCAGCCUGAAGCCCCUCAAGAAGCUGAGCCCGAGGUGCCUCAGGUUGAACAGCCCGACGAGUCAACACCAUCUGAUGUCGUUCCCCCCAACGCUGAGGAGCUCAAGGUUACUGAAGCACCCGCCGACAGCGAGAAGAACGACACUCUGGAGACCGAACAAUCUACUGAACCCGAGACGAUCGCCAACCCUGAGCAGGUCACCGAGCAGGAGACCGCCGAGCCCAAAGAUAUGGACGACAAAUUGCCUUUGGUCGAAGCCGCCGUUGAGACAGAGUCUCCCCAACAAGAGUCUGAAGAAAAGCCCGAGCAGCCUACGGAACCAGAAGCCGAAGCCUCCCUAUCCGCCAAGGAGCGACGCAAGCUCAAGAAGAAGGAGAAAAAACGCCAGUCCAAGAUCCUCGAUGUCGAUGAAAAUGCAACCACCGAUACACCCACCGAAUCUGAGACACGGGAACUCUCUGUACCCGUAACGGCAAGCUCGCCUGCGGAGAAUGACGGUAAAGAACUUCAGUCCCACGACACAGAAACGCCCGCCACGCCGGAAAAAGAUUUAGCUUCGACUGAUGAGUUCUUGUCUUCGCAGGUAGAGCAGCCACAGAUAGAGAGUCGUUCUUCAGAUUAUCCUCCCCCACCCGUGCUUGAGCGUGAUUUUGAUUCUGGCGAAGCGAAGGAGGAUGUGCCGAAGGAGGAGGAUGUUAUUCCAGUUUUGGGACAGCAGGAGGUGCCUAGUAUGGAAGGAGAAAAGAGUCUUGAUGUUGUUGAGGAAGUUGCAGAGCAGAAGGAUGAGUCUGCUAUUGAUGUUGAGCCUGUGCAGGAAGAAGGCAAACCCAUUGAAGCUGAUGUGCCUGUAGUCUUGGAGGAGACGUCAGAAUCCAAGGACGAGGAUUUGGCCGAGAAGGAGCCAAUCAUGGAGGCUGCUGCAGAGGAGGUUGAGCAGCCGGCCUUGUCCAAGAAGCAGAAGAAGAAGGACAAAAAGAAGAAGCAAAAGCAGGACGAGAAUAUCGAGGAGGAGAUUGUCGCCCCUGCACCCGAGGCAUUGGCUGUAGAACAGAAAGACCAGGAAACCGUCAUCGGCCCUAGCGAAGAGACCCAAGAGCAGCAGAUCCUUGAACCUGAACUGGCUACUGAGCAGCAGUCAGCUCCCAAUGCCGAAGAGGCGUCAAGCGAACAAGCCCGCGAUCUCGAUACAGAGAUUCCUGUGGCACAGCCCUCGGCAGCUGUGGAACCUGCUCAAGACACCGAGCCUACCGAGUCUACCGAGGCAGAGACUGUUGCCCCCGAGCCUGAGCAGUUGGAGGAAUCACCGCUAUCGAGAAAGCUGAGCAAGAAAGAAAAGAAAAAGCAGCGCCAAGCUCUGCUCGCACAAAAAGCUGAAGCUGAAGCUGCAUCUGAGCCAAAAGAGGAAGCAGCUCUGGAGACAGUUGAGCCUGAGACCCCUGCUCCUGUCUCUGACGCUCUGGAUGCCUCCGCAUCUACUGAGCAACAAGAAGAUAUUCAGCCCGUCGACACCAGCGAUGCUGUUGUCCAGCCUCCCGAGACCCUCCAGGAUGGCCCAAAGGAAAUUGAACAGGCGGUUGUUGAAGCUGAUCAACCUAUCACAACAGAAAAUGAACGGCCAGAGCCCGUGGAUCAGCCAGUAUCUGAGGAGUCCAGGCUAGAAGAGGACCUUGCCUCAACUCCUGCAGAUACCUCAGCUAUUGUUCCUCCGCCUUCAGAGAACGACCCGGAAGCAGAAGCCGAGCUACCCACAGUCUCGAGAAAGAUGAGCAAGAAAGAGAAGAAGAAGGCUGCUGCUGCUGCUGCUGCCGCCGCCGCCGCUCUUGCAGCAGAGGAAGACAAGCCUGCCGAGCCAGAACCUGUGCCACGGGAAGCCUCACCUGCUCCGGAAGAAACCAUCGAGCUUAUAAAAGAGCAACCUUCCCUCGAGAAUAACCAGCAGACUCCCGAACUCGAGCCUUCUUUGCAGCAAGAGGUCGUUGAACAAGACCAGGACAAGGCCGACCCAGUGACCUUUGAAUCUCUCACCGAUAUCGUGGAGAAGCCCACUGCAGAGACAGAACAGCAGAUUGAGCCUUCCACGGAAGAGCCCAAGCCUGAUGAGGCGGCAGAGGAGCCUGUUGUCGAUGAGCCCAUCACUCGCAAGAUGUCUAAGAAGGAGAAGCGCAAGGCCAAGAAACAAGCCGAGCAGGAGGCUUUAGAUGCUCCUUCAAUGCAGGCGGACACUCCAGCAGAGACUGCCACUGAAGUUGAGCCCGAGGUCCCGGUUGUCGAGGAGCUAAUUACUUCCGAGGAGUCUAAGGAGAUUGCCCCUGAGGGUGAGCCUGUCGCUCAAGAAGAGACGACAGUCGAGGAUAUUUCGCAACCUGAGAACCUCCCUAUAGCAGUUGACGAGACUCCGGAAGACGAGAAGAGGGAGAUUGAGCAUAGUGAGUCCUCCGUUCCCUCGGAUGGACUCGAUGCUCCAUCCUUUUCCAUCGAGCGCAAGACAGAUACUGAACCUGAAGUUGCUGUUGAAUCUCUUGAUCUCGAGAAAGCAGCUGAUAUCGGGACACCUGAUGAUGUUCUCACGAGCCCACCAGAAGAGCCCGAGGUGGUUGCACUGCUGUCCAAGAAGUUGUCCAAGAAGGAAAAGCGAAAGGCCAAGAAGAAGGGCGCUGUGGAAGAAGAGCCCUCUAACUUGGAGAUCGACGAUGUUCCUACUCCCGAGGCUCCAGUUGAGCUUCAAGAAGCUACUCCCUCUGCACCUGUGCAGACGGAAACAGAGCUCCUGGCAGAGCCCCCAGUCGAGCCAGAGUCAACAAGAGAGCUGGAGCUCGAGGGCGAAACAGCGAAGGAGAUCGAGCCUGCUAUCGAAGCUCAGCAUACUUUUGAGCCAGAAGCUGUAACGGAAUCGACUCCAAUCAUUCCAACUUCUACUACCGAAGAGCCUGAGCCCGAGCCGGAGACUGCGCUCUCGCGAAAGGCUUCCAAGAAGAAGGCCAAGAAAGCGAAGAAAGCCAGUCAAGCUUUGGAGCUACAGUCACCCGUCGAAAAUCCGACCGAAAACCAAGAAUCUGCCUUGGCUUCUGAGGCAGAAGCAUUGGCCAAGGAUCUUGCUGGUCCGACUACGCUGGAGAAAAAGCAUGACGACGAGGACUGGCCUGCAAUUGAAUGGGAGGAUGGUCAUGCCCACAAACAUGAGCCAUCUCAAGACAAAAUCCCCGAGCCAGAGUCAGUGACGCCUGUUCCGGAAUCCGAAGCCAUUGGGGAAUAUGACGAGUCUGCCAUUCCCUCUGCCUUGCAAGAGGCCAAAAAGGAUCUGGAGCAGCCCGUUGAGGAAGAGGAGGAAACUUGGUCUGCGCCGCUCAGCAAGAAAGAUAAGAAAAAGGCCAAGAAGAACAAGCGCAAGUCAGAGCAAGCAGCCCUGGCUGCUGGCGAGCCCGACGAGGAGCCGUCUUACAAGAAGGUUGAGCUGGUUCAUGAAUCCAUGCCUGAACCGCCCAUGGAAGGCCUAGUCCAAGCUCCCAAAGAGAUCGAGACCGAGCCACCCGCUCGCACUACGACUCCCGGUGGCUCCAAGAUUGCAAGCCUGUUCCCUGGCUUGGAACGUGGAGGAUUUCGACGAUCGGCGAUUGACAAGAAGUCAACACCGUCGCUAAAAGAUAGUGCUGAGGAAGAGACCGCAGCGGACCUGGCAAAUCGCGAUAUCGCGAUCCCCGUCUCGGAAGCACCCCUAGCGACCACUGAAAUCCAUGACAACCCCCCAUUCAGCUUCGAGACAUCUACGGAGAGCAAGCGAGAAGCGAUAGACACUAUGACCAUCCCCCAACACGAUGCUCCAGAGCCGAUUACCCCCUCACAGCAAGAGUCGCCCAUUGAUCCUGAUCUCCCCAUCAAUCGUGAGCGCUCUAUUGCAGAGCAAUUCCCCUCCCCAGAUCAUGCUGCCUCUAAGGAGCGAUCCUCCAUGCUGUUCGGCUCGUCCCCAUCUACUCGCACCGAAGAAGCAACUUCGCCCCGUCGCUUGUUGCCCUCCCAGAUGGAUGCUCCCAAGGAUUCCUCAUGUGGAUUGCGCCGAACCCCAUCCGUGAUCCACGGGAGACAUCAGAAUACUCCACGAACGUGGAACCUGGAGGAAGCCUCUAUUCCAGCCCCAUCUUCCUCUCCACCUCGGUCUAUCUUUGGACCUUAUGAUGAGCCCCAUUCUCGGCCCCGGACUCCGCUAGACCCCAUUGCGGAGCAGGAGCCAGGGGACGGGGACUAUACAUCCACGGCUCGCGACGGGACUCCCCGUUUGGAGAUCAAGCCAGAGCAUGUCUUGCCCCGGCCUCAUACUCCCGUGCGAAAAUUUACAGACAAUGCCAUGGCCCGAGAGACCUGGCCGACUCCGGAAAAUGACAAAUUGGACAAACGGAGGAGCCACGAUGACCUCUCCAAAGCCAGCAAAUUCAGCGGCGACUCGGGCUCGCCCAUGACGCAGACGCCCGAACAUGGGAUGCCUGUAUUGAAGCCCAGCGCCAGCAAGGGUAAGCUGCGUCGCACGAAUCGCAGUACGAGCAGCGAUCUGCGGGGCGCUAGUAAAGCGCUAGACUCCUCCCUGCCUCCCCCAAAUCUCGAUCUCGAUCAGCUUCCCUCUUCUUCCUCCUACGACCCCGUCACCGACAAGGGCAAGCGUCCCCUGCGAAACAUGUCGGAUGUCUAUGAGGGAUGGGGUGAGACGCCGAGCUCCCCACGGUCGCCCAGCCGACCGCCAAGUGUUCGUCGCCGUCGCAGCAUGCAACACCUUCAAGACAUGGAAGCUCGCCUCGAUCAACUCAUCUCCGAAAACCGUCUACUGAUUGCCGCUCGCGAUGAGGCCGAAGACAAAAUGCGCAAUGCCAGCGUCGCUCGCCGGAAGAGCGACCGGGCCCUCAACUCCAGCGGCGCCGACUUGCGAGACAAGGAAGCCGAAGUGGAACAAUUGAAGAACUCUGUGGAGUGGCUGCAGCGAGAGAUGAGUCGUCUGACCCAGGAGAAUGAGGGUUUGACGGCGUCAAAUGCUGCUCUCGCUGCCGCGCACGCCGAGGAGGUCAACACUGUGCGCGAGUCCUCCACACGAGAGCUGGAUGAUUUGCGGUCGCAACACACCGCACUGUCCACUCAGAUGGAUACUCGUGUGCGACAAGAAAUUGAAUCGGCUCUUGCUCAGAAAGACGCCGAGUUGCGACGCCUCCGUGAAGAGCUGGAGGAGGCCCGUGACAAGGUGAAGGAGCUGCAACAACAGAUCGCAUCGUCGCUUCAAGACAACACUCUCGUCUUCCGGGAUGAGGAUUACUUCGAUGCUGCCUGCCAAAAGCUCUGCGGUCAUGUCCAACAAUGGGUGCUGCGCUUCUCAAAGCAUUCUGAUCACCGUCGCUGCCGCACUCUCAGCGAGCUGCACGACGAGAAGAUCGCCGAUCGCUUCGACAAUGCCCUCCUCGAUGGCUCCGAUGCCGAUUCCUACCUCUCUGACCGUGUUCGCCGACGUGACGUGUUCAUGUCGGUGGUCAUGACCAUGGUGUGGGAGUACAUCUUCACCCGCUACCUCUUCGGCAUGGACCGUGAGCAACGCCAGAAGCUCAAGUCUCUUGAGAAGCAACUGGGCGAGGUCGGCUCUCGUCGCGCCGUUCACCGCUGGCGUGCAACUACCUUGACCCUGUUGUCGAAGCGCCCGGCGUUCGCCUCCCAGCGCCAAAGCGACACUGAAGCUGUCGCCCUUGAGAUCUUCGGUACUCUGUCCCGAGUCCUUCCACCCCCGUCACAGGUGGAAGCUCAGCUCCUCGAGUCUUUGCGCAAGGUCCUGCGUGUCGCUGUUAAUCUCUCUCUGGAGAUGCGCACUCAGCUGGCCGAAUUCAUCAUGCUGCCCCCUCUGCAGCCAGAAUACGAUACCAACGGCGACCUGGCUCGCCAGGUGUACUUUAACGCCUCGUUGAUGAACGAGCGAAGCGGCGAAACCACUUCCAACGACGAGCUCGAAUCCCAACAAGCUGUCGUCCGCAUUGUGCUCUUCCCUCUUGUCGUCAAGAAGGGCAACGACGUCGGUGAAGGCGAUGACGAAGUCGUCGUCUGCCCCGCUCAAGUCCUCGUUGCCCGACCAGGCAAAGACAAGCGUGUCUCCAAGAUGGUGAGCGGUGACCGUAUGUCCGUGGAUGCCCGCUCGGUCUAUAGUGCUGCACCGAGCAUGGCACCUCCCUCAGUGAUGGACAUGAGCAAUGUGAUUUGA